AUGACCAAGGCGGAGGAGAAGUUGCAAGGGCGGCCCUCCAGUGUGGGAGACUUCAGCCAUCCUGGGCAAUUCCAGAUCGUUCGAGAUCUACACAGCAGCCCGACUGGCUCGGUGCAUUUGGCGAAGAUCAAAGCACCCACCUCACUGGUCUCUGAAGUCGUCCUGAAGACACGCAAAGUUGCAGAGCUUGGCAAGGCCAAAGACAUGCUGAACGAGUUCGAGGUCAUGAAAAAGCUGAGCCAUCCAAAUAUUAUUCGAUGUUAUGGGUACUUCUGGGACUAUCCGACGCAGUCGUUGUACAUUGUUCUCGAAUAUGCUAAUCGAGGAGAUCUUCACUCUGAACUACAGAAUCGGAAGCGCCUCGGGAAGCACUUUGGGAACGAAGAGGUGUGGGACAUCUUGGCGCAGGUGCUGUUGGGUUUGCGCCACAUCCACGCUCGUGGCAUCGUGCAUCGCGACCUGAAGACCAUGAACCUUCUCUUGAAUGACAAGGGUGUCAUCAAACUGGGUGAUUUUGGUGUAAGCCGCCAGAUGUCGGAGCAUACUAUGCAACUGCAGUCCUUCUACGGCACGCCGCUGUACCUGUCGCCUGAGUUGAUCGAAGGGCGUCCUUACACGCAAUCCACAGAUCUUUGGUCCAUGGGCGUGGUGCUUUACGAGCUGCUCUCGUUGGAAUUGCCCUUCAAAGGCAACAACCUCCAGGACAUCGUCUCCCAAGUUCUCACGGGUCGCUACGCACCGCUGCCCGCCUUUCGUGGUCAGGAGCUCUCCGAGGCCGUGCAAUCACUCCUCACGCGAGACAUGCGGCAGCGACCAAGCGCUGAGCAAUUGCUAAGACGCCUAGAGAAGCUCGGGAAAAUCCGACGGCAGAAGAUAGAGGAGCCCAAGAAAGUUGAGCCGGACAAAGAGAACCGCUCUCCACCAGUCGAGGAACAGGUGGUGAGGGUCCGCCGGCGACCGAGCUCUGCGCCGCACGGGCAGGUUCGCUCGAAGCCACCACCAGCAGCAGGUGGAGGUGCUGUGGUGGAGGCAAUAAAGCCACCUGUUGCUCGCCGUGACGAGCGCUGGGAGCAGCGGCGGCAGGCGCAUGUUCCAGCGCUGUACGCGAAGGAGAAGUUGCAAGGGCGUCCAUCAAGCGUGGGAGAAUUCAAUCAUCGAGAGCAGUUCCAGAUCAUCAAAGAUCUGCAAAGUAAUGUCAGUGGAUCUGUCCAUUUGGCUAAAGCCACUGGUGGAGUCGACGUGGUGGUCUUGAAGCGCCGGAAGGUGCCAGAGCUGGGCAAAGCUAAAGAUAUGCUCAACGAGUAUGAGGUGAUGAAGAAGCUGAACCAUCCAAACAUCAUCCGCUGCCAUGGAUACUUUUGGGAUUUUCCAUCUCAGUCGUUGUAUAUAGUUUUGGAAUAUGCUAAUCGCGGCGAUCUACACUCUGAAUUGCAGAGCCGCCGUCGCCUGGGAAAACAUUUUGGGGACGAAGAGGUUUGGGAUAUCUUGGCCCAGGUGCUGCUGGGUUUGCGACACAUCCAUGACCGAGGCAUUGUCCAUAGGGACAUCAAGUCUAUGAACCUCUUCCUAACAGACGAAGGUGUCAUCAAAUUGGGUGACUUCGGCGUGUCGCGGCAGAUGUCGGAGAAGACCCUUUGCUUGCACUCUUUCUAUGGAACACCCUUGUAUUUUUCUCCGGAAAUCAUUGAAGGACGUCCUUAUUCGCAUUCCACGGAUCUUUGGUCUUUGGGCGUGGUGCUUUACGAACUCCUCUCCUUGGAGUUACCCUUCAAAGGCCCAAGUCUCCAGGACCAAACGAAAAGGCCCCGUUCGUAG